AUGAUGUCGUCGAUAGUGAUAGCGUUAUGCUUCAUCGCAAUCCUGUCAUCUUCCACUUGUGCACGAGCACAAAAAUUUGACUUUUCGGACCUACUCGGUGACGAAGAUGAUACAGGUGGUCCUUCAUCAAUCAACAUGAAUGGACAAGCGAUGGAUAUUUUAAAAUCGCUUCAACUCGGUGAUCUCGAAAAAGAUAUCAGCGAAACAAAUUGGGGCAUCCGACGUAACGCCGCUCAGUUAGUUAAACAACAGAUGAGACAAAUGCGACGUAAAGCAUCGUCAUCGGAUAUGAUGGGUAACGAAAUGAGUGAGCUGAUGAUGCCAAGGGGUAGAAAGAUGAAUUUGGCGUUGAGGGAAGAAGGAGAACGUGGUUGUAAUUUGGAAUCGAUGGACUUCUCGGGGCUGAUGGCGUCUAGUUCACUGAAACUGAAACGAGCGAUGGCCACACGUCUUCUGCGAGCUGCAAGUCAGCUGCUUAAAUCAUCUGCUGGUGGAGCCGAAGUUGACCUAACCUCAGCACUAUCACCAUCAUCCUCCAGACUGUUUAUGAGACGGAAUUGA